GUGACAGGUUAAGACAGCCUGUAUAUUGACAAAAACCCGCGAACAUCAAUCAGGACAUCUGUCGGGGAUUAUCCGGUUAGAGUCAGGGGACAUAAUCGUGUAUUAUAGGCGAAUAAGAGGAUGUGACACACAAAAAAGAAUCAAUAUGUGAAGCUGCUACUUUUACCAGUUGUAGAAUAAGUCAUACCACAAUAUUGUAAAGAGGUGACGGAGGAAAAAAUCCAUUAUGUCGAAUUUUUCAAACAUAUCAACCACAGUGAAUAUUUCAUUAACAAACACAACUCAAGCGCCGACAAUCAUUUAUCAUACCGAUGAAUCACACGGGGCCCUCAACAUCAUUUUCUUCAUAUUCUUUUCCUGUGCAUUGGGAGCUCUGGUGAGACAGAUUAUACAUGGUUUGAAGAUCCAGUUGCCCUACACUGUUGUGUUGCUAGUUUUGGGUAUUCUGUUUGGACUGUUGUCCACUAACAACACCACAGUCCAUGCCUACGCCAGAGUUGUGGAGACUGACCCUCAUCUGUUACUGUUUAUAUUUCUACCAGUUCUUAUCUUUGAAUCAGCUUUUGGGAUGGAGGUCCACACAUUUAUGAAAACUUUUAUUCAGGUGUUACUUUUGGCUAUUCCAGGACUGGCAUUGGCAUCCCUGUUCACUUGUCUGCUGGCUAGGUUUUUAUUUACUUAUGACUGGGACUGGAACAUAGGAAUGAUGUUUGGCUGUAUUCUCAGUGCUACAGACCCUGUGGCUGUCGUGGCUCUCCUCAGAGAUCUAGGUGCCUCCAAACAGCUGGCUAUGGUAGUAGAGGGGGAGUCACUAGUCAAUGAUGGGGCAGCCAUUGUGUUCUAUAAUGUCUUUAUUAAGAUGGCCACAUCAGAAGAAGGACUUACUGGUGGGGAUAUCGUAGUAGAGUUCCUGCAGGUUGCCCUAGGGGGUCCAUUGUGGGGAUAUUUUGUGGCAAAAAUCACCUUGUUCUGUUUGUCUCGAGUGUUCAAUGAUGCUCUGGUAGAAAUUACUAUCACCCUCGCCUCUACAUACCUUACCUUCUAUAUAGGGGAGGAGCACCUGGGUGUGUCAGGGGUACUCGCCACUGUGGUCCUGGGGGUCACCAUGAACUCAGAGAAAACCAUGAUCAGCCCAGAGGUGGAACACUUUUUACACAGGUUUUGGGAGACAUUGGCAUACAUUGCUAACACCCUCAUUUUCAUCAUUGUUGGCAUGGUGAUCGCAGAAAAAGCUAUUUUUGAAAUCCAUGGCAUUGACUGGUUUUAUAUGUUUGCUCUUUACUUUGGAAUAUUUGUCAUCAGAGGACUUGUGAUUGCAAUCUUCAGCCCAAUCCUGAAGCACACAGGGUACGGAUUGUCCUGGCAGGAGGGAAUGGUGAUGACCUGGGGAGGAUUAAGGGGGGCAGUCGGGCUUGCCCUAGCCCUACAGGUGGCCCACCAUGAUGAAAUUGACUCUGAGACUGUUGGCAUUCGAGUUCUGAUCCAUGUUUCUGGGAUAGUGUUUCUGACUCUGUUAAUCAAUGCUACAACCUGCUCAGCUCUUCUUAAAGCCUUGGGCAUGAGUGACAUUUCCCCCGCAAAGAAAAUGUCCAUGGCUAAUUCUCUGAGAUUUAUGCAGGACAUGAGGGAGAAGACAUUGAACAUGUUAAAAUCAGACAGAUUUUUGGCUGAUGCUGAUUGGGAUGUAGUGGAGAAAAGCUGUGAGAUAGAAGAUCCGUAUAAAACAACGGAGGAGGAAGCAGAUGUGGAGGAUUCCCUUGACAUCCGACCAAACUCCAUCUGUCCCGAGUGUGAUGCCAAACUCCCCGCUCAGUAUACCAGGAAGGAACUACGAGAAAUGACCAACGAAGCCGUCCUCAGAAUGCUCAAAGCAGAGAAGAUGAGUUACUGGAGACAGUUUGAACAAGGGAUGCUGUCAAGAGAAGCCGUCAGGAAGUUACAUGACUGUACGGACACGUCAGCAGACAAGCAGGGAAAAUUCAUAGAUGUUGAUGAAAUAAAGAAAAGUUGGGAUGUACCAAAGUUUUAUGAAAAUUUAAAAAGCUAUCUCAUCAAGCUGAUAGGUGGAGUAGAUAUUCCCCGCCCAAAGUCUCCGAUUCUCCGCCAUUUGUAUCACAUCACCCAACACCAAGCUUUCUAUAUCACUAUGGUCUCCAUCAUUGUCAUUGACAUGGUUAACGUUGCCUUCUCCAUUGUCUGUCAGUAUCACUCUGCGUGGAAGGACAAACGUAACAUCUUCCGCAGCCUCAAUGUCAUGUUUGUGGCGUUAUACAUCAUGGAGUGUAUUGCAAAGGUGCUUGUCCAGAGACAUGAGUACAUCAGGAAUGGCUGGAACAAUUUGUGUCUGACCAUCAUCUCUAUAGGUAUUGUGGAUAUAAUCGUGGGAUUCACCCUCCCGGCAGUGUACGAUGAUGAUAGGAAAGUUGUGACUGUGGUCAUCGUCAUCUUCAUGCUCUUCAGAAUCAUCAGACUCUUCAGACUUCUAGAGCCCCUGAUGCCAUUGGUGGUGAAGCUCCUGAAGCGACAAAUCAGUAAACAUCUAAGUUAUGGCUAUGACGUGGGGAGGGGAUAUGUGGCCGGGGAGGAGGAGGUGAGGAAAUUGAUUGAUCACAUGGUGGAUCAGAAAGACAUUGCCAAGAAUCUUAAACAGUCCAGUGACAACGGGAGACUGGACGUCAUCAGGUGUCUGGGCAUGUUACAGAAGCAGCAUCCUGAUAUUGCAUUGUCCAUCAAGACUCGCCAGGCCAUCCGCAGUGUCCUUAACAACCUCAGGGACGGCGUCCACGAACUUCUGAUGGACGGAAUCCUAGAGGAGGCCGAGGGAACCAAACUAGAAAAGAUGAUUGAGGAAAAGAUGAAGAGGUUGUUAAGUUUCCCACCAAGUCUUCCACUCCCACCUCCUGAUUAUAUGUUGAAGCAUGUUUUCUGGCUCCGCAAUGAUGACAAUCUCAUUGGCUACAUCAAACAUCAGGCCAAGCUAAUCAGCUACAACUAUGAGGAUGUGAUAAUCCAUGAGGGUGAUCCACCGGGAGGAAUCUACAUCAUAGUGUCAGGAAUGGUGAGGCUAGAAUCGACCAUACAGCCAGGAAAACCCAUCAUCUACGAGGGAAAACCCAGUGGCUCAGAACUUCAAGUCAAGGCAAAUCUAAUUGACUUUCUGACCUCUGGAAAUAUCAUUGGGGAGAUGGGUCUGCUAACAAAGAGACCUCGAUCAGCGACUGUAACCUGUGAAACAGCUGUUCAGGUAUUGUUUAUCAGUGGAGAGGACAUGGAGAAAGCUAUGGAGGAAUUCCAAGACAGUGAGCCAUCACUGGAGUAUAGGCUGUGGCACGUGUGUGCCAACAGGAUCGCCACGUCUAUACUAAUGAAACAACCCGCAUAUCAGGGUUGGACGAAGGAAAAGAUUAAGUUACAACUGGAGAACUCUUACUUGUUAGACUCUGAUGACAUUGAUGUCUUCACAGUGGAUUCUGGCAUGAGUGAUGUUGUUCUUAUUAAUGGUUAUGCCCAGAAUGUAUUUACUAAAGAAGUGUUUUCUGCGCCUUGUUACAUUCCUUGGACUGUCCUUAAAUUAGAACUUCAGCCUCAGAAAGGUCCUAAGACAGUACUGCUGAUUGUUCCGACAGAGAUGGGUCAACCUACUCACUCUCAGCAUGUGUCUGGUCAUGAUUCCAAACAUGGCCAUGGUGCCUUUGUUAGGUCCAUCAGCCAACUGUGUCUGAAGCAUGCCUCCAACCAUCGGAACAAAGUCAUGUCCAAGUGGAAGGUUAAUGAACAACUUCAGAAAAUACGGACAGCUGAGAAAAUCCAGCAGGCUAAAAGCUUGGGAAUUCUUUCAAGCAAAAAUAAAGAUACAUCUGAUGAACAAAAAGCCCAUGUUCAAUUCAAACCAGGAGAUUCUAACCGCAUGCUGUGGUUGGACAGGGAGAGGGCGCUGUUUUCAGGAGCACGUGCUUCGACUCCCGGUCUGUUGGAGGGAAGACCACUAAGGUCUCUAUCAAUGGAGUACCAAGCCACACAUUCUGCUACUAAUUCAGAGCCACGAAAUGUCGUUCAGCGAUCAGUCAGUGCUGACCCCGCCCAUUCAAGCAGCGAAUCUAACCAAUCAUGGAGCAGUACAUCAAGUUUUCUCAAUGCAUCAUCAAAUGCAGGAGUGUACACUCCUACAAUGACGGAUCAAAACUUUAUUCUCCAAAACAAAAUCAUUGAGGAAAAUGAAGAACUUGUAUCUCCGGAUGAAAUCCCCUCGCCCACUCUCAGAAACAGAAAGGAGAGUCAUUCAUAUCUAAGCCCCUGUCAUUCAAUAAGUGACCUGGAGGAUACAUUGUCUGAUAUAAGCUCCAGCCAUGGACACCCUCUGUGUGAUCGUGCAGAUUCGGUGAUUGACAAUGUGGUCAGCAAUCAUACUCCACUGACAAAGUCUGAUACAGGGACAUACAGCAACAUGGUCACCAACACUCAGGAUCGACCAAAACUCGACGGACUGACAGAUGGAACUUAUGUCUGCUCCAUUACUGUGGGUAACGGGCAUCCAAAAUUAACUCGUGGAAACAGAGAGGAAACCAAAUUCUAAAUGAGCAUGUUAUAUUUGUAAAAUGCUAAUGUUGCUUGUGUAAACUUCAUGUCUAUAAUCUAUAUUCUUCUUUAUUUUUCCAUUUCAUAUAUAUAUUUUUAGAUAAUUGAAUGUCUCAGUAUAGUUUACAAUGUGAUUUGUGGAUUUCAUGUGCACAUACUAGUAAACGUUAUUAGUCCCCUACCGGUGAAAGCGGAGGGGACUAUAGGUUUCCUCUGAGUCUGUCCGUCCGUCUGUCUGU